UCCAUUAUCAGGGGCUAUCUUGAAGGAGAAAGAAAGAUGCAUUCAGCAUUGGGCUUAUCUUUCAUGCUAAUUGCUGUUUCCUCCAACUUUGCAAUGGCAAUCAAAAAAGAAAAGAGAGUUCCCCAGACACUUUCAAGAGGAUGGGGAGAUGAUAUUACUUGGGUACAAACUUAUGAAGAAGGACUGUAUCAGGCAAAACACAGUAACAAGCCAUUGAUGGUUAUUCACCAUUUGGAAGACUGUCAAUAUUGUCAAGCACUGAAGAAGGUUUUUGCUGAAAAUCAAGAAAUACAAGAAAUGUGUCAGAACAACUUCAUCAUGCUCAACCUUAUGCAUGAAACAGCGGACAAGAACUUGUCACCUGAUGGACAGUAUGUGCCUCGAAUCAUGUUUGUAGAUCCUUCCCUCACCGUGAGAGCUGACAUCACUGGAAGAUACUCUAACCGGCUCUACACUUACGAGCCUCAAGACCUCCCAGUGUUAAUAGAAAAUAUGAAGAAAGCAUUACGUCUCAUUCAGACUGAACUAUAA